AUGGAGGAUAUGUUGAGAAGUUGUGUGAUUGACUUCCGAGGCAGUUGGGAGGAUUACCUGCCGCUAGCAGAAUUUGCUUAUAACAACAGCUAUCAGUCUAGCAUUCCGAUGGGACCCUACAAGGCACUAUAUGGUUGUAGGUUGAUUCGAGACCGACUGAAGGCAACAUUAGACAGACAAAAGUCUUAUGUGGAUUUGAAGUGUCGAGAGACUGAGUAUUCGAUGGGGGACUUUGUAUUUUUCAAGGUCUCACCGUGGAAGAAGGUACUGAGAUUUGGUCACAAUGGAAAGUUUAGCCCUAGAUUUAUUAGACCUUGCCGUGUGUUUAAGCGAGUGGGAACAGUUGUUUACCAGUUGGAGUUACCUCCAAAAUUGGAUCGGAUUGACGACGUGUUCCACGUCUCUAUGUUGAGGCGCUACCACUCUGAUCUCACGCAUAUUGUUCUAGUGGAGGAGAUUGAGGUUAGACCAGAUCUGACUUUCGUGGAGGAACCGAUUCAGAUACUGGAUCGUGAUGUAAAAGUUCUGAGGAGGAAGUUUAUUCCACUGGUUAAAGUUCUCUGGCAUAAUCAUAGCACCGAGGAGGCCACGUGGGAGCCUGAGGAUGCGAGGCGUCAGCAGUAUCCCCAUCUGUUCUAA